AUGCCUACGUGGUUGACUCAUUUUGGAUCUGCUGGUCUUCCACUCGGGUACUCUGCCAGCCUCACUCGCAGCCGAUCAGUCCGUGAACGUAAGCAUACAUCUGCCACUUCACUAACUCGUUUACUCAAGCGCUACCAAACCCUUUCGUCCGAAGGUAAUGACGGCGAUAGUUACCUCAUCAACACCCCGGGUUGCGCCAUACAAAACUUCGAUGUCCUCAGCCCAGAGUUUACUAAAUUCCUUAAGGGUUACCCAAAGCGUUGGUCUGACGCUGUUCAUGUACCGGGAACGAGCGUACCGAAUUACGGCUUGGCGCCCUCGAGCGUCGAAUGCAGCUACAGGAAAGUCAUCCCGAGGACGGAUAAGGAGGGCUUCCGCAAUGUGAGGAGCACGCUCGGCGACCCAGUUCUAAUCACGGCCCCCGAGACCCGCAUUGACGAGGACGGGAUUCUGGUUACGUGUUUCGAGAACGCUGGCAACAGGACGCCCGUCUAUCUCAACGUGCAUUACUUCGUGCAGCCGCAGAAGGCGCAGGAGAAGGCGGAGGACUUCAAGAGACAGUACGGCGACCGCAGCGCCCAGCCAGACAAGCUCAGCGUCAUGGUCGUCGGGAUCGACUCGCUCUCUCGCUUCAAUAUGAUCCGCCACAUGACGGAGACCUACCGCUACGCCAUGCAGGAACUGGAGGCUCUAGACUUCCGCGGAUACAACAAGCAGGGCGCCAACACGCGGCCCAACACCAUCGCCUUUCUGCUGGGCAUGACCAGAGAUAAGUUCGACGCCACUGAGUUCGGCCCGGAGGAUCGGGGCGGCUUUCGUUCUGAGUUUCCUGUCAUCUGGAAGGAUUUCGCAAACGAGGGAUACGUCACCGCUUACGGCGACGACGUGGCAGGGAGUCAGUUCUUCAACCCGCACGAUGUAGAGUACUUUCAGAGAGGGGCGUUCGCCGUGUCGCAGAGACACAUCGCGCACUUCAUUCCGAAUAUGGGCUUCUCGUACGCGCCAUGUCAGGGCAGCAAAAUGUCCGCGUCAGUGAUCUACGACUACGCGCUGGACGUUGCUCGUUCGGUGAAAGACGUUCCGUACUUCGGCUUCUACUGGACUUGCGCCAUCACCCACGACAUGCUUAUGAUGACUAGGGUCAUCGACCAGCCGGUGAAGACGCUUCUCAAGACGCUGAAGGAGGAAGGAAUCCUGAACCACACGGUGCUCUUCCUCGUGAGCGACCACGGCGCCAGGUACGGCAAGCUAAGAAACACGUACCUAGGGAACCUGGAAGUGAAUCUGCCGGCCUUCAUGGCGAUCUUUCCGCCGUGGUUUAAGAGCCUGUACCCGAAGCCGUGGAGGAACCUCGUCACCAACACUCGAAGGCUGGUUUCUAAUUUCGACUUCCAUGAGACGCUGCAUGACCUCGCCUCAAGGGACUAUAUACUCAACAAAGUAAAGCCUGUCGAAGCCAACCACGGCCAGAGUCUCUUCCGAGAAGUUCCCGAAACCCGGACCUGCGCAGACGUGAGCAUUCCCCUGCAUCUCUGCGCAUGCGAGAAUUACGAUGACGUCAGUCUGGACGACCCCCUUGUCGAGGCGGCGGCGAAGUUCACCGUCGACUAUCUCAACGAAGGCCUCGCCAAAUUCCCCGACUGUGUGCAACUCCAUUUCGAUAAGGUGUUGUCGGCGAGGGCGUCUUCGGGGAACAACGGUACCAGACCGAGCGCCGCCAAGCAGCUCGUCACGGCCUUCCUUCUGGUGUUGCAGACGCAGCCAGCGUCCGCCACCCUGGAGUCCUUGGUCAGGAGCGCCGGCGGUGAGCUCCAGGUCGUCGGCGAGGUCCAGCGCACCAACAGAUACGGGAACCAGAGCCACUGUAUCGACAACGACAUCUUCAGGCAGUAUUGCUUUUGUCGUGACCAGCUACCCGAGGAAUGAGGAAGGAGACACGUUGUUAUUGUCUAUUUGUAUGAUGUCUUAGAUUAGUUUUUUCUUCAUUCUGUUGGCAUUGCUAAUACUUACACAGUGUGUAAUAGUUCAGUGGGCCAAGGCGCCCUCGUGCUGAUUCGGUGUUGGGAACUCGAAGCUCUCUGGCGCCGCGAAUAGCCGAGAUCCCAACUUUUGUAAGUCAAGGUAAGGCAUCAAACGACGUCUGUCAACUUCAGUCUUAUUAAUGAUAAAUUGUGUUGCUCUACGAGUAAAUGAUGUCAGUUUUCCAAAAUCGUUUUCAUCUCCUUUCCUUUGUAAAGACAUGGUUAUCACCUGGAGGUUAUAUUAGAUUUUGCCAAAAAAAAAAAAAAAAAAACUAAAACUAAAAUCGUAAUUUACCAUAUUUAUUAGUCUAAAAUUAUACCUUACUUAACGUAUUUUCUUUACGUGUGACCAGGUUUGAUUUUGUUAUUUUUUUCUGUUUUUCCCUAAUUUUCUUAUUUAUAUGCAGGUGCACACUAAAACACACCCACGUAAUUUUGGAGAAUUAUUCUUCCUUUCUCUCUCUCUCUCUCU